AUGUCUUCUCUUGGGGUAUAUAAAGGUGCAAUGCUCGCGAGCCAGCAUCACUUCUUGCAGUCUGCACUACAACUGCUCUUGCCCUUGCUGGUGGCUGUGGCCGUGGCUGAGAGAUUGCCUCUCUCCUACGACGCCCCUGCACCCCACACAUCCCCGCCCGUUCAGCAAAUCCCCAUCAUCCGCGACGAGCGAGUCCAUCCUGCCGCUGACGGCACUUACAACUUUGACGUUGAGACUGGGGAUGGCAUCGUCAGGCACGAAUCUGGCGGUCCAGGUGGCGCUCAACAGGGAACCGUCAGCUUCACCUUCCCAGAUGGCCAAGUUUUCGAUCUCCAGUUCGUCGCUGAUGUUAACGGUUACCAACCUCAGUCGCCCUUCCUGCCCGUCGCCCCUGCAUUCCCCCACCCAAUCCCUGCCCACGCCCUCGAACAGAUCGAACGUGGUCGACUUGAACUCGAGGCUCGCGCCCGCGAAGAACAACGUCAGCCAUCAAGCCAAGGACAGGCCAACCCUUCUCGCCUCUACGGUCAACCUUAGUAAAGUGUUUUCCCACUGAACUCCAACGACAAUAUGCUCUUGUUACCCUGUUAGUCUAUUUUUUUUUUUGUUUUGUUUGUUUCUCUUUAUCGUCUCACUAUGUGAAUGCCGUAUGUUUCGUUAUAUCUGCUUAUAAAUAAAUAUAACGCAAGAUUUCUGUCAGCAUUUGUAUGCCAUCUGAUAUCCUAGUAUACGAGCCUCUAAAUGAUAAUAAUUAUAAUUAUUUGCCAGCUGCCUUUAUCAGUCUAUCCUACUGAGCCAAAUUUAACCAUUAAUAGAUUUCAUUGUUAUAUUUGUUAUAUACACACGAAUACGGAGCA